AUGAAGCUUAACUUGUUAAGUGAAGUGGUUUCCAUGACCUUCAGGGACAGCUUGGGUCCUGUGUUUGCUCUCUUUGUACCAUUUUAUUCCUCCAUUCCAAGAGUGCAAGUGACACAAGUAUUAGGCCACUUUUCUAUCACAAACAAGUCACUGGUCUAUAUACUGGGUUUACAGCUCUUAACCUCUGGUUCCUACAUCUGGAUUUUAGCCUUAAGUGGAUUGGUUUCUGGGAUUUGCUACAAUAGCAGUAUAUUAAAAAUUCAUAGAAUUCUUUGUGUACCCAGCUGGGUAGCAAAGAUAUUUUCUUGGACUCUUGAACCAAUCUUCUCAUCUGCGGAACCAACGAAUGAAGUUCGAGUGGGAAUGGGAGCAACAGUUGACAUCCAGAGGCAGCAGAGAAUGGAGUUACUGGAUCGUCAAAUCAUGAUGUCUCAGGUUAACCACAUGAGGCGGCAAAGGCAGCAGCAG